AUGGAGAAUAAUAACUACUGGGCUCUGCCUUUCAUUGCUCUUUUUCUCUAUGGUAUCUAUGAUGGCUGGAUGACUAGAAAGACAAUUAAGAAAAAUCGCGAUAUACCCUUCAUAGGUAGCUCCUCCACAUUAAUACCACGGUUUAUUCUGAAUCUCCUGUUUGCUGCCAAAGGGGCAGAUAUUAUCGAACGAGGCUAUCGAAAGUUCAAAGACAAGGCUUUCCAGCUUGUGCGAAACGACGGUCAUGUUAUACUUCUUCCACUGGAGGUCCUCGAUGAGCUUGCAACGCUGCCAACUACUGUAGCCAGCCCAAAUAGGGCCCUGGAACAUGAUCUCCUAGGGCAUCUCACGGGAGUAAACUUGAUCCUAGAGAGCAGGGCUCAUCAUACUAUUGUUCAGCGGAGGUUAACGCCGCGUCUUGGCUUGAUGAUACCCCGCCUUGAGAGAGAAAUACACGAAGCAUGCAAUGAGUCUCUUCCUAAGUCGCAGGAAUGGGUUGAGUUUCAACCUUACAAGGCACUUUCUCGAGUAUCUGCCAGAAUCGCUGCGCAAGCUAUCGUGCCGCCUGAGUUUUCCCAUCAUAAAAGAUGGCUGGAGAUCUCAGUCGAGUAUACUGAAAAUUUGUUUAAAACUGUUAUUAUCACCCGGGUUUUCCCUUCGUGGAUGCAGUCGUUCAUCUGCUGUCUUCUCCCCUCCUUUUGGGCGGGUCAGAGAUACAUGCGAGACGCAAAAAGGCUCCUCGGCCCCAGAAUCCUGGAACUACUUCUUAUGAGCGAUGAGGGUACCAGGGAGGUGCAGCCCUCCGAAUCCGACUCGAAUAUUCUCAACUGGCUCGUAGACACCGUAAAAGGGGGUGAUCGCAAUGCGGACACUAUAGCCCAUGUGGAAGUGCUCCUUGCUCUCGCGGCCGUUCACACCACCCUUCUGAGGAUGGUAAAUGUCUUAUACGACGUAAUUGCAUCCGGGCUCGCCGCAGAGCUUCAAUCAGAGAUCGAAGAAGUCGCCAGUCGUUCCGAAGCGUGGAGUAAAUCAUCAUACGAUAGUCUGUACAAGCUCGACAGCGUGCUCAGCGAGUCACAACGCAUGUCGCCGCCUACUACGCUGGGUAUGAAGCGUAUUUUCCUCGUGGAGUACACUUUCAUGAAUGGCUUGCAUGUCCCUAAGGGCACGUACGCGGCGAUGCCCAUCUACGCUAUCGAGAACGACCCCGCACACACUUCAAAUCCCGAAGCAUUCGAUGGGCUGGGUAACUAUCGUCUCAUGCUGGAACACCAGGUUUCCGACGACGGCAAUGGCGAUGAAGGGAGAAGGUUCCGCUUUUCGACACCGAGUCGAACCGUUCUCAAUUUUGGAUAUGGACGACACGCGUGUCCUGGACGUCACUUCGCCAGCCUUAUUCUCAAGAUCCUGUUUACCAAGCUGCUGACAGAAUACGAGUUCGAUUUCCUGCCCGGGUCCAAAAGACCUAAUAACUUAAUGGUGCAUGAGUUUCUCUUCACAUCGCCCUGGCAGCGUAUGCUCAUAAGGAAGAAGGAGAAAGCAAUUUGCCCCUUUUAA